GUGUGUGUGUGUGUGUGUGUGUGUCAGUGUGUUUCGUGAAUGGGCUCCGGUUUGACUGGGAUUAUCGUCUCUUAUCUGCACACAUCAGCUCGCGGCGAGCGAAUAAUGGUCGCACACAUGGCGCAUUCUGGAGAAACUGCGGAGCUGAGCGACGGGAAUGGAGAGGUUUCACCAUCAGACCUGAAGGAUCAUCCUGCUGAAAGGUCUCACAGCAGUGCAGAUAACACAUCAGCUGAGGAGAGCUCGGAGGAAGAGGAAACCCAUGAAGAGGAAGAGGAAAGAGAUUCAGACUCCGACACGAGACCCAGAGCAGAAGAUCACCGUGACGAGCAGCGUCAGGCCAGCUGUGAGAAGUGUAAAGCUCUGAAGAAUCCCAAAUAUGAGCUCGUCACCCCCAGGAAGAUGUCUCAAGAUCGGCUACAGCUGCAGCUGGAUGCGGAGGGUGUGUAUGAGUGUUCAGACACGGGGCUGGUGUUCGAGGUCUCUCAGCGUGUGAAGAUCACCUACUGCGUUCUCUCCUGGAGCAAGUUUAGCACCUACUUGACUGGAUCCUGGAAAUUUGCUGGUCCCAUUUUCGAUGUGGACUGCGAUCCGUCUAUCCUCAAAUCCGUGCAGUUCCCGCACUCACUGUGUCUAGCAGCAGAUAAAGACAACGAGGUGAAGUUCAGCGUGCUGCAUGUGAAGAACAGCCGUGGUCUGAUCGAGCCCUCUGCGGAUCACUCCGGCAGUCACGUCAGGUGGAACGUGUCGUCUCUUUCGCCCGUGGGUCCGAUUGUUCAGACGUCUAAAUCAGCAGAGCAUCAUGGGGUUGUGCAGGUGUUCAAGGAGGUGGGCCAUGAGAACUCCUUCUCCUUCAGAGUUUACCUGGCUGGAAACAACUGCUCCGACAUCAAGGACAUCAGGAGGGCCGUUCGGCGGGCGAACAACUGUAAGAACAACAAGAGGUACAUACAAGUAGACAAGCCGCCCACAUGCAUGUUACUUCGAGAGAGGUGUUUACAAUUAAUACACAAGCACAGUAAGAAAGCGCGCGGCAUUGACGAGGCCGACUGUAACGCGACGGCCGCGGCUCCGGACCUGACGGACCAGCAGCUGAUGCAGGUGGCCAAACGCAUGGGGAGGGAGUGGAAGGUCGUGGCCAUCAGCUGUCUGGGCCUCAGCAAGCAGGACCUGGAGGAGAUGGAGGCCGCUGAGGAGAGCGUGACCAUGCUGAAGUUCAACAUGCUGGAGCGCUGGAGACGACGACAGCCCAAGGGGAAAGCGGGAAUUCAGGAUCUCCUCAAGUGUUUGAAAGACAACGAUGACGUGCCUAAUGAGGUCAUUGCUGCGCUGGACGAGAUGCUACAAAAGAACUCAGCCACAUGAACAUUAGCUGUCUGGAGUCUGUGGACCGAGAGAUGGUCAGGAGUCAUCUUAACCUCUGUUCGAGAGCGAUGGAGACGUCCUGGAAGAGCAGGCCGGUCGCGCUCUAAUCUGGACGGAGAUGUUUGUGCUCCGACUGGAAUCUGGUGCUUUCAGGAACACUGAGCUCUGAAUACACCAGACACGCUUAGUACGUCUGUAGACUGGUACACUUUGCAUGCAUCUCUUUAUUUUGCGCUUGUGUUUGUAUAUAUUUUAAGAUACUGUACAUAUGUGAAUGUCUUUGUAAGGACUGUACUGUAAGUAGAACUCUGUUUGUUUUGUUGCAUUAUGAGCUGUGAUCAUCUGCACUUGUUUUUGAGGAACAGGCUGAUUUUGAUCUCAGGUGCCAUCGUUCUCUGAUGGUUAUGGACUGACGUUAUAGUAAAUAUGAUAUCAUGAUAUUCAUGCAGAUACGGGCUCCAUCCACACACGUGUAAUCAUCACUGUUCGUGUGAACGUCCACACAUGUGACUGGAAGCGUCUCUGUAGCGUUUGUUGGGUAACCUGUACGAUGCGCUGUCUCAGGGGAGUCUUUAUUCUGACCUUUCUUUGAAUCAAUAAAUCAUGAAAAUGAAUGAAAA